AAUAGUCAGACGAUUUGUUUAUAGGGGUGAUACAAUUGCAAAUAAAAAUUUGACGGAUGCUUGUUUUUGUGAAAGAUUAAGCCGGAUAAAGUGGAAAAAGUGUAGUCAGAGCUGUAAAAAAUGUCUCUAACUGAAGCUGAACUAGCCCUGAAGAGGGCUGUGGAGGAAGAUGCAAUGCAGUACACGCAAUUGUGCCGGAUUUGUCUGAUUACGGCGGAGCGGAACUUCAAGAACAUGUCGCGGGCUCUUCAUGACAGAAUUCCGUAUUUCGACAUCUAUUUUGAGAUUGUGGGCAAGAAACUGGUGCCCUUUGGCAAGUUCUCACCCAGGAUAUGUGCUCUGUGUGAGAUUGAAAUGCUGGAAGCCUACAAAUUCCGCAAGAAAUGUCUCCUGGCCGAUGAGAAAGUGAACAAGAUUAUUGAGCAGUCGAAGCCUCCGGAAGAGCAACCGGUAAAGAUUGAGAGAUGGGAGACUGCUGUGGUACUGGAGCCUGCGACCAGUGAUAAGAAACCACCAGAGAGUACGGAUGAGAAGCCGAAGAAGAAGAACAAGAAGUUCCGUUGCAAAGUAUGUCGUGUUAUUUUUGCUGAAUUUGACAUUUUCCGGGUGCACAAGUGCAUGUCGUGCGAGCCCAAGAUCAUCAAGGAUAUGAGGGCAUUUGCGCCAAAGAAGGAACCGGCUGAGAAGAAGGAACCAGAUAUCUCCAUGGAGGCCAAGAAGAAGCGCAACAGGAACAAGCAGGAAUACACUUGUGAAUUGUGCAACAAGGUCUGUACGAAUCGCCAGGGAUUCCUCCUGCACAUGGACAGGCACAAUGAUACGGCACGCUACGAUUGUGAUCAGUGUGGUGAGAAAUUCCGUCACUGGCGAUCCCGCAGGACACACAUCUAUCGGGUUCAUCUCAAAAAGCCCUUCUGCGUCUGUCCACACUGCGGCAAAUCCUUCUACGAGGUGCACUACAUGAAGACGCACAUCCGGGAGAACCAUUCAGACUUCACGGGGUAUCAGUGUGAGAAGUGUGGGAAGAAUUUCCAGUCAAAAGGAGCAUUCAAUGAUCAUCUGCAGAAUCACGAAGAUACAGAGAUUCAGUGCAAAAUUUGCGGGAAACAGCUCAAGACAAAGAAAACCUAUCUCAGGCAUCUGGAGACCCAUACGGGAGUUCGGAAUUAUGUCUGUCCAAUCCCAGAAUGCGGCAAACGCUACACCUGCAACUUCACCAUGAAGAAACACGUGAAGAAGGCUCAUCCGGAUCAGGUGCACUUGCUGCCACCGGAUGGAACAAUUGUCAAUCAGCGGUACUUGAGGAAGUCUGGCAUGGAGCAUGAUGAUCACGAAGAGCCAGGGCAGUCACAGAGCGUCGAACAAAUUGAAGUAGAAAUGGAGGAGUGCAGCGAUGAUUAAAGUAAGAUUAGAAUAAUAAUUUUAGAAUUUACCUAUUAAUACUUAGAAUAAAACCCAAAUAAACCAUAAAACCCUUUUCCUGGAUAAAUAUUAGAAGAAUAAAAUACACGGGAUAACCCUCAAGAAACCUAUUGUAACUUGUCAUUAAUCAUAUUUCCAUUUAAAUUUUAAAUAAAAUUGAAAUAAAAUAAAAUAAAUAAGGUACUAUUCUCCAAA